AUCAUGGCCCCCAUCCCCAACCCGUACAAGAUCAGUGUCUCUGACGCCAAGUUGUCGUGGAUCACCGAGCGUAUCAAAUCUGCCCAUGUCAUUCCCGACGUCGAACACCCCACAGGCCAAGAAUGGGCGGAUGGACCCCCAUCAACGGUCGUUCAAGACCUUGUCGACUUCUGGCGCGACUCUUACGACUGGCGCAAGGUCGAGGCACAGCUCAACGUUACGUUCCCCAUGUUCACUGUGCCUAUCGAGGAUCCUCAGUCUGGCCAGGUGAUGACCGUUCAUUUCGUUCACAAAAGAAGCUCGAGACCGAACGCGGUCCCUCUGUUGUAUGUCCAUGGGUGGCCUGGCAGCUUCGUAGAGGUGAGCACUAUUAAACGUUUCAAUCGCUAUAGUUCAUCUCGAUGUCAGGUUGAAGGAAUCCUCGAGCGUCUCACUGAGCCAGAAGAACCCAACACCCAGGCAUUUCACGUCGUCGCCCCGAGCAUCCCAGGAUUCACAUUUGGUGCACCACCCACGCGCUCCGGCUUCACUGUGCUUGACAUCGCCUUCCUAUUCAACAAGCUCAUGGUCGACGUUCUCGGUUAUCGGUCCUACAUCGCUCAAGGCGGCGACUGGGGUGCCGGCAUCAUCCGCACGCUCGCGACAGAACAUCCUUUGUCGUGCAUCGCGGCACACACCAACUUUCCGCAAGCGUUCGGCCCUCCAUCCCCUCUUAAGCAUCCCAUCGCCUUCCUCUGGGUGAUCACCCAAUGGUUCUCGGCGAGCGAAAAAGCCCGGUUUGACCGUAUGAUGGCGUGGUUCAAGGGCGACAUGGGCUACGCGUUCAUCCAGGGCGAAAAGCCGCAGACGAUCUCAUAUGCUCUCCUAGACUCGCCCGUGGGCAUGCUGACGUGGAUAUAUGACAAGGUCUACCGCCUUGUCGAUCGUGAAGUGUUCACUUGGGAGAAAGAGCGCAUCAUUACGUGGACGAUGCUGUAUCUCGUCUCUGAGAACGCGGCGCACGCGAGGAUAUACAAGGAUAACAUGGCAACGGUAGGUGAGGUGAAAGUCGUGGGGAGAGGCGUGCCGUUUGGGGUCAGCGCGUUUCCGCAUGAUACUGGAUAUGUCCCGAGAUGGUGGGCACAGGUGUCAGUCGCGGAGAACAUCACAUUUUGGCGCGAGCAUGAGCGCGGUGGGCAUUACCCGACGCUGGAGUGCCCGGACUUGUUUGUCAAGGACAUCCGGGACUUCAUGGCUACUGUGCCAAAGGAGUGUCUUGCAAAGUUGCAAGCAUAGACAUCAAGACGUUUCCUACGCUUUGUUAUCGGACCUGUGAAUUCCUCCACUCAUAGAUACUAGCAUGUUGUUCGUAUACAGUGACUCAUGAACACCCAUUUUCAAA